CACCUGUUAUUGCUCAAGCACAUUGUAAAUAUUGGCACGAUGGAGUUUGGUGGGGAAGAGUUCAGAAAGAUACGACUGGAAUGUUUUGAUUACCAUUUACAGUUGGCGAUGAAAGACUUUGGUGUUAGCUUAGUGUUAAAGUCAGAACAAGAAGCUGUGCUGAAAGAGAUCUAUCCGGGAAGAGACACACUCUAUGCUGUCGCUCCAACAAGCGUGGCACACUGAGCAGGGCGGCGAAAGUAGUCCGGCGAGCUCAAUGUGUGUGCGAGCUAUCCCACAAUUCCAACAUAGCAGAGAUGUCGGUCCAACGAGAGCGGUGCUCUGAGCAGGGUGCACCCACUGAAUUAUCAGACGACAGCUCCAUGGUGAUGGGUGUAGCAACAUGGCCGUCUAAUACUUCCGGCGGCGCGACCUCUGGGUGGCGGUCGCGCGCGGUCUGCUUUUUGUAAACAAAGGAGGAUCUGCAGGAGGAAAAGGAAAGAGAGCUUUUAAAGGAGGAUUCUCAUCAGACACCGUUUUGUUUUAAUCGUGUUAUUAUUUAAGGCUACUCUUGAAGAAAAUGGACAUGGCUUCCAUAAAGAUGACAUUAAUUAACUCACUCUGUAACAAAGGUUAACUUGUUCAACUUUCUCCCCGUUCGUAGCCAUUUUGUGCCUCCUGGGUGCAGCUUAAAGGAAAAGAACUUCAUUUCCAAAAGUGAGAGUAUGGCAGACAUGUUUCCAUUCUCAUCAGAUGGAAAGGAAGUGGAUAAUCUACAGGAACUGACUGAGCCUCUCAUCAACCACUCUGAGGGACGAGUCUUCCUGACUGAGGCUUUCAAAAUUAUUAUGCAGGAUGUGAUCUGCAAGGGUACAGAUGUUAAGGAGAAGGUUUGUGAGUGGAAAGAACCAAAGGAACUGGCUGUGAUGCUGGAUCUGCAGCUACAAGAAGCAGGAGAGCCACAACGAUGACUCCUGCAGAGAGUAAGAGAUGUGGCCAAAUACAGCGUCAAAACAAGUCAUCCACAUUUUUUUAAUCAGUUUGCUGGAGUGGACUACCACUCCCUGGCUGGUCAAUUCCUCACUGAGGCUCUCAACACAAACCUUUUCACCUAUGAGGUAGCACCGGUGUUUGUGCUGAUGGAGAACGAGGUUCUGAGGGCACUGCGUCACCUGGUUGGCUGGACAGAAGGUGACGCAGCUUCCAACAUGUAUGCCAUCAACCUGGCACGAUACCAACUCUUCCCAUACGUUAAAAGUCACGGGUUGUGUGGUCUCCCACAGCUCAAAAUCUUUACAUCUCCAGAGAGUCAUUACUCUGUCAAGAAAGGAGCUGCAUUUCUGGGCAUUGGGACAGACAGUGUUGUCUUCGUGAAAGUGGAUGAUCGAGGCCGCAUGAUUCCAGAGGACUUGGAUGAAAAGAUAAUACUGGCAAGGUCUCAGGGUUCUGUAUUGCUUUUUGUAAGCUGCACAUCAGGUACGACACUGAAGGGAGCCUUUGACCCACUGGACCACAUUGCUGACAUCUGUGAUAAACACAAGCUCUGGAUGCAUGAAGAUACUGCCUGGGGAGGGAGUGUCCUCUUUUCCAAAGAGCACAGACAUCUGAUGAAGGGGGUUGACAGAGCUAAUUCAGUGGCCUGGAAUCCACAUAAGAUGCUGGUAGCUGGGUUGCAGUGUUCUGCCUUGCUGUUAAAGGACACCACGAACUUGAUGAAGCAGUGCCACGGUUCCAGUGCCAUGUACCUUUUCCAACAAGACAAAUUCUACGAUGUAAAUCUGGAUGUUGGAGAUAAGUCAUUGUAGUGCAGUCGCAAGGUUGACUGCCUAAAGCUGUGGCUGAUGUGGAAAGCUGUCGGCUCUGAUGGCUUAGCAGAACGUGUAGAUAAAGCUUUUGUCCUUGUAAGGUAUUUAACAGAGCAGAUGAAGAAAAGAGAUGGGUUCCGUCUUUUGGGAGAGCCAGAGUUUGUGAAUUUAUGUUUCUGGUUUAUACCACCGAGUUUGAGAGGAAAGGAGGGAGAUGCCGAUUAUCAUGAGAGACUGGCAAAAGUAGCUCCAAUCAUCAAAGAGCGGAUGAUGAAAGAGGGAACAAUGAUAGUCAGCUAUCAACCGCUGGGAAACAAUGUCAACUUUUUCUGAAUUGUUGUGUUUUCCCCACUGGUUACCCUGAACGAUAUGGACUUCUUUCUCAAUGAAAUUGAGAGACUUGGAAAUGAUUUGUAAACCAAAUCACAGUUCAUUAUGUUUCUGACCACCUAAAAUGGCAUCUUGUUCAGUUGGAUCAAUGUCUUUAGUUUUUGCUCUUAUAACUGACACUGGAACUCAAAAUCUUUGAUAGUUUUUACAGAAUUUACAGUAUAGACAGUGCAUUGUUCGGAUUGCUGAAUCAGAAUCAAAUUUAUUGCCAAGUAAGUUCUCACAUACAAGGAAUUUGCUCUGGUGUCAUUGGUGCAUAAACAA